UCACAUGAUUUACUUGGCACCCACAUCGUGUUAUAAGGUAUGUCAACAUUUUCAAAAAUUAAUAAAUUUAUAUGUUAGAAUACUACUAGAUAAAUCUUUAGAAGAUUUGAAUCUCAGUAAUGCCGAUAUCAAGACUUCAACUAUUAUUAAAAUAAACCUGUUACGUCUCUAACUUGAAGUUACUGUAUUUAUUUUUGACCAAAAUUUUUUUACAAAUUUUGAUUGCUUCAAUCAAAAUCGCUAAAAUAACAAGAAACACUUCUCAUCUAAAGAAUAUAUAUUAUAGUGAAUAAUCGAUAAAUUAUUUGAAUAAAGUACUCAUUAAAUUAUUUUAGCCAUCAUCAUAAUUUUUAGUAGUUCGAAAGCGAUUUGAACAAUUUUUGAAAUUAUUAAAUACAGAUGAAUCGAAUUACUUUACUCCAAUAAGUAACUUUACCUAAUAAAUUGAU